AAAAUAAUUUAUAAUUUAAAACGAAUUUCUUUGAAUUUCAUUUCUAACAAUAUUUUCUAAAGAAAUCUUUGUUUUUUAACCGCUAAUUGGAUUUACUUGUGCUACUGUGUGUGUUUGAAUUCGUGGAUUUCCAUUUCUGUUUCCUGUCUGCCCGCCUGUCUUCAUAUUUUGAUUUUGGAUUUUUUACCUCGUUAUUAUUUUUGUUUCCUUGUUGCUUUUUUUUAUACAAGAAAAAUAAAAUACUCACCUGGAAUAAAUGUAACAUUAUAUUAAAAUAAUUUUACACGACUAAAACGAUCUCCUGCUAUUUGUUUAAUAGAAUCUACUAGAAAACAAAACCACUGCCUGCUAACUCAAAAUUAAAAAAAUAAAAAACUACAAACAAAAUUUAUAAUUAUGGCUAAAACAAAAUCUUUAUCAUCAACAUCAAUACAACGACUCACCUUAACUACCACCUGCAAUAUGUUCUCCCGCCAGUGCCUUUCCUAUCAGCUUUUAACCCUUAUAAGCAUAGUGCUGUAUCAAUCUUCACAUAUACAUGGAUUCGAUAUAGGCACAUGUAAUAUGCCAUUGGGCAUGGAAUCUGGUGCAAUCACAGAUGCUCAAAUCACCGCCAGUUCAGCGCACGAUACAGGUUUUGUGGGGCCACAACAUGCAAGACUGAAAACCGAUAAUAAUGGCGGUGCCUGGUGUCCCAAACAUAUGGUGUCUAAUGCUUUAAAAGAAUAUUUACAAGUUGACCUGUUGUCGGUGCAUGUGGUAACGGCCAUACGAACACAGGGUCGCUUUGGCAAGGGCCAGGGUCAAGAGUAUACAGAGGCCUAUGUAUUGGAAUAUUGGCGUCCAGGUUUCACCAGCUGGAAGAGAUGGAAGAAUACCCAAGGAAAGGAGAUUUUACCUGGCAACAUCAAUACCUACAGCGAAGUUGAAAACACUUUACAGCCCAUAAUUUUUGCCUCAAAAGUACGCAUCUAUCCAUAUGGUCAAUACGAUCGCACUGUCUGUCUAAGAGCUGAAAUUGUGGGUUGUCCAUGGGAAGAGGGCAUUGUUUCGUAUAGUAUACCAAAGGGUGUCCAACGUGGCAUGGAAGUUGAUUUAUCGGAUAAAACCUAUGACGGCUAUGAACAGGGUGAUCGUUAUAUUGAUGGUCUGGGACAAUUGGUGGAUGGCCAGAAAGGAAAAGAUAAUUUCCGCACGGAUAUACAUGGUUUUGGUAAAGGCUAUGAAUGGAUUGGCUGGCGCAAUGAUACUCCCGGCUUAAUGGGUAAACCUGUUGAAAUAGUCUUUGAAUUUGAUACAGUGCGUAAUUUCAGUGCCAUUAUAUUGCAUACGAAUAAUAUGUUUACCAAGGAUGUACAGGUCUUUGUCCAUGCCAAAGUGUUUUUCAGCAUUGGCGGUCGACAUUUUUCCGGUGAACCCGUCCAUUUCUCUUAUAUGCCUGAUACUAUUAUGGAUCAUGCUAGAGAUGUUACCAUUAAACUGCAUCAUCGUGUUGGCAAAUAUUUAAAAAUAAAUUUGUAUUUUGCUGUCAAAUGGAUAAUGCUGUCGGAGAUAUCAUUUGUAUCAGUGCCAGCCGUGGGAAAUUUCACAGACGAGCAAGAACAACGUGGCGCCCUGUUGCCACAGGAUACCCGUGAAUAUCCUUUACAAAGUAAUGAAUAUCAUCAUAAUAAUAAAAAUGGUGGUAAAAUGCCAACAACAAAUGUUAAUGGCGAACGCAACUAUAAUAAUGGACCACAAUUAAUCGCCCCCAAACCCAUCGAUCAAGAGCCCUCCGAAGAAAAUUUCAUUGGUGUUAUUAUCGUGGUUUUAACCACCAUCAUUAUCCUAUUGGUUGCCAUCAUAUUAUUCAUAGUAUCGCGAACAAAACGUGCUCGUGGCAGCAAUGUUUUGGAUGCAUUCCAAUAUAGUUUUAAUCCCAAUACCUUGGGUGGCAACGUUGAUAAACAUCGACCAAAUGGCACAGGAAUUAAAGCCAGCGUUGAUGAUAAUGAUUCAAUUGGUAAAAACAGUCUAUACCAUGAACCCUUUAAUGUAAAUAUGUAUACGAGUGGGGUAAAUGGUUAUGCGGCCGUUAAUGAUUUACAAUGUAAUAUGACACCAGACUAUACAGACGUCCCUGAAGGCGGUUAUGCUGUGCCACAUAUGCAAGAUUAUAUGCCCACAAAAAUGUCCAAUUCAACGCCGGGCGGUUAUGUUAAUGUGCGCCGCACACCACCGCCACCCUUGAGCAGUAUAUUCCCAAGGCCACCACAAGUGCCACCGCCGCCAAUGGAAAAGUAUUAUGCCACCACAGCGAUAUUUAAGCCCAUCAAGGGCCACAGUGGCAGCAAUACCAUGAGCAGUAAAGCCAGCAGUAAUCUAAGUAAUGAACAUAAUUACGAUGAUAAUAUGGGUACAAUGAAUUCACAAUCAACGGCACCCAUGAUAAAUAAUCCCUACAAUACAUCCACAAUGGGUGGUGGAAGUGUAGGUGGUGGUGGUGUUUGUGUAGGUGUUAUGAAUACAUCAAAUAAUAGUGAUAAUAUGCAAUUUCAAAGGGCUAGAACCUAUAAUUUCCGUAGUUAUCCAGACAAUCUUUAGUUUGAAGCACAACUACAACAGCAGCAGCAGCAACAGCAGCAAACAACAACAACAACUACAACAAUAAAUAAAUUACAUAUGCCAGCAAAAUGUAAAGAACAACCCCUUAUAAACAAUCAUUUUAGCCAUAAUUUAGCAACAACAACUGCAACAGCAACAACAAAUAAAAUAAUUAGUAGCAAUAAUGUUGGUUUAACAAGAGAUUUUAACAAUCAACAACUACAACCAUUUUAUAAUAAUAAAAUCAAUAAAACCAAAAGACUUAGUGUUUUAAGCACUACCAUGCCUAAACAAUAUACACUACAGCAGCAACAACACUAUCAAGCUAAUAACAAACAACUACAGCAACAACAACAGCCAUAUUAUUUGACACAACAACAUUGUCAACAAGCGGUAAUAUUAAGAAGAUCUCCUAAGCCUCUUUAUAGUUUAACUUUAAACAACAAAUACGCUUUUGCCACAGCAGCAGCAACAACAACAGCAACUGCACCCAACCCACCACCACAACCACCCCCGGCAAACACAACAACAUCGACAACAACAACAACACGAAAUAGUUUAUCCAGCAGGGAUUUAAACAUUUUCGAAUUCUCUCAUCUAAAAGACUGUGAUCUUGAUCAUAAUGAUGAUUAUUAUUUACCAUCAUCUAUGGAAAUUUUGGGCAUACAAAAAUCAUUGCAACGCGAUGAUAAUGAUGUUGCAACCAAUUUACAUAUUAAUGCUAUUAAUAAAGACAAUGUUGUUGUUAAUGACCAUGUUGAUGAUGAUAAUAAUGAAGAGGACGACGAUGUUAUGGAUGUGGCUGAAGAUAGUGAUGAAAAUGAGCUUGUAGUUGAUUUAGAUAAUAAACGAGUUAAACGGCUAAGUGCUAAUUUGAAUGAUUUAGAGGUAACAAAAAAUGCUACAAAUAAUUUAUUAAAACAACAACAUCAACAACAUCAACAAACAAAUAGGCUGUGGUAUCAUUGAUGGAACCAAUGGAUUUGAGCGCUUUAAACUCUGCAAAACCGGCAAGAAAAACAAAUAUUAUCUACAAGGACUUGACAAAACCUUUGUUUUUUCUUUUCAACCCAACUUUACAAAGAAACGAAAUAGAGCUUUUAUUAGGUAACUCGCAAACAAAAGCUCUUACUUAAGACGAAAAAUUAAAUUCAACACGAACAAAAACUAAAUAAAAUAAUGCAGAAGGAUUAUUAAUGGUGGUAAAUCAUAAAAUUAUAAAACAAAAGGGAACCCACAUUAAAUUAUAAGGAAAACUUAAAGUAACAAAACAAACAAACAAAAAAAACUAGAACACCGUAUGCUUUACCUUAAAACAAUGAAAACAAAAUCUAAAAAAAAACACACGAUAAAAUUAUAGGCUUCUUAAACUUGUUCAUACACCCCCUGGAACCCCCUAAAAAACAACAUUAGCUACUACACAGAGAGAAAACAAAACCAAAUUUUUUUUUAUGAAAAAAAAAGGAAAAUUUUAAAGUAAAGUAGUGAAAAUAAGCUAAAAAGGCACCUAUAAUUUUAUAAAACGAAAACUUGUAGAACAAACAAAAAAGUACUAUACAAAAAAAAACAGAAAAUUUGCCAACGAAAAAAACACACAAACUAAAAAAAAAACAAAAAAUUUAAGUUACAAACUAAAAAAUUAACAAAGAAAAAAAAAAUAAUAUUUAUUAAAGCCAAGCACAUCAUUCUUCUUUAAUUUUGUAAAUAUUAACAAGAAAUUUAAGGAAAACUGGUAGUAAGACUAUAAAUUAUAUAAAUAAAAUAAAACAUAGAAAAAAGUACUCAAGCAACUAAAACUUCAUUUAAAUAAGGAAAGAAAGAAAAACAUACAAAACAUUUUAAAUAAUUCAUAAUAGCAAAUAGUAAUGGAAAAUUAAUUUAAUAAAAAAUAUUUACAGAAUUCUUAAAUUUACGGAAAUAUUUCUAGAAAAUCUAUGGCCCUACUAAAACUUGCAGCAGAUUUUAAAAGGUUCCGUUUUUAAUUCAAAUUUCUUACAAAAGUAGGGUAAAUUAAAAAAGUUCUGCUUUUUUCUUUAAGCAAUUUUCCAGCAUCAUAAUUAGAAAACUCAACAGCAUUUAGAAUACAUCAUUAACGAAUUUAAGUAAAUUUAAUAUAGAAAACUACAACAUGUAAAAUUAACGUAUUCUUAAAUAUUAACAAGUUUAUGUGAUAUAACAAUUUGUAUUAUUAAUAUUUUGUUUGAUCAGUUUUUUCUUUUGGUUUUCCCUCUUUAACAAAGUCUCUACUACCCCUUUUUCUUAAAAUUGUGUACUACACUGUAACUAACUACUUGAUCUAUCGUAAAAACUACUUAAACUGUGCUCUAUGUAAAUUUCCCUGUAAAAUCCUGUAAUAUAAUAUGAGAAUUUUUUGUUUGUGUAUAUUUUCUCUGUAAAAAAAAAAUCUAGAAAAAAAAACAAUUAAUUAAACUAAAAAUUUAACUAAAGUUUAAAAAGAGUUUAACAAAACAAGGCAGUGAGUGGUAUUGAUGAGGUAAACAGACAGAGAGAGAGAAAUAUU